AUGGAAGUGGACGAGCGCGUCCACACCUUAACUGAGAGUUUCGAGCCCUUUGCGCCCGAAGCUCGCCCAGGCGAUCGGUUACUGGACCGCUAUGCGGACCGUCUCCACUUUGACGAGCGCGAUCCUACCCAGGAUAGGCGUCCAUACCUAGACGAGCUCAUCACGAGAGCGAGGGCCAACCCUCUAACAGUACUGGCUGCAACUGAUGGCUCUGUCCCUCAGUCCAACCAGUAUCAGGCGGCUUCGGCUGCCAUCAUCUACAAGGGACAUCGUGAGCUCGAGAGGACUCGCUAUGUCUCUGGCAGAGUUACCACCCCAGAUGCGGAACUCAAUGCCAUCUCGUGUGCAGUGCGCCUUGCUGUCAAGCAGGCAAAUUGCCAACAUAUUAUGGUCUUUACUGACUCUAUGGGCUCGGCCCACAGAGCGGUUGACCCUGGCGUGCAUGCUGGUCAGGCUUUUAGCCUGUCAGUUUGUCGCGUUCUUCAAGAGUGGUUUGAGGCGGAUGAUCUCCGCCGCAUCACCUUUGUCUACGUUCCAUCCGCUUGCGGUGGGAUAUCCAUGGUGAGGCACACAAACACGCUACGCUCUCGAGCUGCGCACUCAGUCCUGGAUUCGUGGAGCUCCACUUUCCAGGAUCCAACCUACCGAGGCUCUGAGUUUUUAGAGCUUCAACAGCCUGACGGGCGGCUGCUACAACCAUCGUACCUCAAUGGGGGACCUUGGCUCUCAACAUUCGGACACAGUAUCACUGAGUUCGCCCGCGUUUGCCGGUGUAUAACUGGCCACGCGCCCAUUGGAGCGUAUUAUCAUCGCUUCAAGAUCAACGAGCCUCACGGCUGCACUUGCGGGGCUGCUUUGCAGUCCCGCCAGCAUAUCCUCUUUCGCUGUCACGAUAGAUAUUCUGUACACUAUCCCCGCUUUCUCGGGGAUAUUGCAUCGUUUAUGAAGUACAACCCCACGGCGUUUGGCUUCAACCGGGACCCCUCGGGUGUCGGAUAA